AUGCUUCGGAUCGGACUGAAAGGUGUUGCUUUGCAGCGGGUAACUUUCAUAAACAAGAGAUCACUGGCGACUGUCACUUCUGUGGCUUCUACCAUUAGCAGUGUCCGCAAUGAUUGGUCCCGGCAGGAGAUACAGAAGAUCUAUGAUAGCCCUCUACUUGACCUGGUCUUCCGCGCCGGCAGCGUCCACCGCGGACAUCAUGAUCCCUCGAAAAUACAGCUAUGCACCUUAAUGAACAUAAAGACGGGCGGUUGCUCCGAGGACUGCUCCUAUUGUUCUCAGUCCUCCCGUUACGUCACGGAAACGAAAGCAUCAAGACUCCUGGAAGUUGCACCCGUGAUCGAGGCUGCGCGCAAAGCAAAAGAGAACGGAAGCACCAGGUUUUGUAUGGGUGCUGCCUGGCGAGACCUUGCAGGUCGUAAGAGGGGUUUCGAACGGAUCUUGGAGAUGGUUCGCGAAAUCCGAGCAAUGGACAUGGAAGUGUGCACUACGUUGGGCAUGCUGUCCCCAGAACAAGCCAAACAGCUCAAGGAAGCGGGACUGACUGCUUACAAUCACAAUCUUGAUACUUCAAGAGAGUUCUACCCGGAGGUCAUCACGACGCGCAGUUAUGACGAACGCUUGGGUACCAUUAGUGCUGUCCGUGAAGCAGGCAUUAGCGUGUGCUCUGGCGGCAUCCUCGGUCUUGGAGAGUCUGACGAGGACAGGGUCGGGUUGAUAUGGGAGGUGUCGAACAUGCCGGAACAUCCUGAAUCGUUCCCCGUGAAUGCUCUCAUUCCCAUACCCGGCACGCCCCUUGAAGGCAAUGAGCGAGUACCUUACCAUACCCUUCUCCGAACGAUUGCCACAGCUCGAAUAGUGCUUCCGAUGACCAUCAUUCGUCUUGCCGCUGGAAGGUACACUUUGGCAGAAUCUGAACAAGUGAUGUGCUUCUUGGCAGGAGCGAAUGCAGUGUUUACUGGGGAGACCAUGUUAACUACGCCUUGUUCCCCGUGGGAUGAAGACAAGGAAUUGAUGGGCAGAUGGGGUCUUCAGGGCAUGCGUAGCUUUGAGCAAUCCAGCGUUGCUAGGAAAGAAAAUCCUAGUCCUGGAGGAAUACUCGCUGAAGCAGAGAUUCAGAAGUAG